AUGACAAUACUCAAACGGAAAGAGAACAUUCUUCCAUACCUAUCAGCUAAAUAUCCAAAUAAAAUUGGUCCUAUGGCAGUUCCCAAUUCGAAUAAAGAUCCUAUUACCCCUAACUCAAUAUUUCCUAAAUCCCAAGUUUCACCUAAUUUUACGAGCAGCAGAGAAACAGUGUAUGCCCACAUCAUUACAUUAAAUAGCGAUGUUCCAGAUAUAAAAAAGAUUCAAGUUUGGUAUUUGCCUCACCCCAUAGAGGUAAGGUAA